AUGGGGAAGAAGCGGUUUGGUGUUGCGGUGGCUGUUGCAUUCUUAGCCUUGAUUCAUGUUUCUGUCUCACUUCCUUUCGUAAUGCUUCAUGGUAUUUCAGCUGAAUGUUCUGAUGAAACAAACUCCGAUUUCACACGGUUUCUCACUGACCACUCUGGCUCUCAAGGCUUUUGCUUAGAAAUUGGGAACGGAAUAAUCGAUUCAUGGUUCAUGCCACUUACUAAACAAGUCGACAUAGCGUGUGAAAAAGUGAAGCAAAUGGACGUGUUGCAUGAAGGAUACAACAUUGUUGCAAGAUCUCAGGGGAAUCUAGUUGCUCGAGGGCUGAUCGAGUUCUGCGAUGAUGGGCCUAAGGUUUACAACUACGUAUCUUUAGCAGGUCCUCAUGCUGGACUCUCCUCUGUUCCUUUCUGUAAUGUUACUGGAGAUAUCGCAGAGUACUUGGAAGGUUCCAAGUAUCUACCGAAGCUUAACAAUGAGAUACCAAGCCAAAGAAACGCAACUUACAAAGACCGGUUCACCAGCUUACAAAACUUGGUUCUUGUCAUGUUUCAGGACGAUAACGUUAUUGUUCCAAAAGAAUCAUCUUGGUUCGGGUUUUACCGGGAUGGUGCAGCUGAAAAUGAACCGGUUCUCUCUGCUAACCAGACACAACUCUAUACAGAGGACUGGAUCGGUCUGAAAACGUUGGUUGAUGCUGGCAAGGUGAAGUUUGUGAGUGUACCUGGUGGACACGACGAAAUGGCAGAUCCGGAUGUUAUGAAAUACGUUGUGCCUUAUCUCCAAAACAACUCGUCUUCCGUACAAAAGCUCAACUACAAAACGAAGGAACCAUUGCCUCACUAA